GCCGUUCGGGGCAGAGGCGCCAUUUUGGGCCUGUGCGCGGCGGGAGGCGGCGGUGCCGGGAGGCGGCGGGCCCUCGUGGCGAGCGCUGCGCUGGGGGCUUGGCCCCGCCGCCAGCCCGCGGGGCCUCGGCGGGGAGGCGCGGCCGGUGCCACCGCCAUGGAGGGCGAGUACUACGGCGGGGACCAGUCAGAUGAUGGUGGAGCUACUCCAGUGCAAGAUGAACGAGAUUCAGGAUCUGAUGUUGAAGAUGAAGGAAACGAACAGCACUCUGGGUCUGAGAAUGGAAGUGUAGGGCACCAUUCAGAGAAUGAACACAGUGAUGGAGAAGAUGACGGGCAAAUGGGAGAGCCUCAUAUGACAGACUCUGAAAAUGAAGAUAUCCCAAGGCAAAAAGACAGUGACUCAGAUAACGAGGAGCCUCCAAAUCACAAUGUAAGUGAUUCGGACAAUGAAGCAGCUCAUGGAGGCAAAGACAGUGAUUCUGAUACUGAGGACCGACCAAAUCGGCAUUUAAGUGACUCUGAAAAUGAAGAUGCCUUAAAUCAUCGAGCAAGUGACUCUGAAAAUGGAGAACCUCACAGGGAUCACAGUAGUGAUUUUGAAAAUGAAGAAUCGCACAAGCAGCCAGCCAGCGACUCGGAGAGCGAGGAGCUCCACAAGCAGCCAGCCAGUGACUCGGAGAGCGAGGAGCUCCACAAGCAGCCAGCCAGUGACUCGGAGAGUGAGGAGCUCCACAAGCAGCCAGCCAGCGACUCGGAGAGCGAGGACAUUUCCAGACACAAACAAGAAAUAGAGUCUGAGGAUAGUGAUGGGGAGGAGAGGAAGGAGGAGGUGCAGAAUGAUUCUCAUCAUUCAGAUAAUGAACAUGUAAGGGAAGGUUUUCAGGGCUCUGACAGUGAAGAGGAAGCUCCUAAGAGACGAAAAAUAUCAGAUAGUGAUGAAGAAGAGAAAGAGGAGGAGAAGACAGUGAAGAGGAAAACAGCUAUCCUUUCUGACAGUGAGGAUGACAGUGAGAAAACACCUGCAAAAAAAGUACGAAUCCUUUCUGAUGUUGAAGAAUCAGAUAGUGAUGCUGCUUCAGUAAAAUCUGACAAAAGGAAGAAAAGUAUUGUAUCAGAUAGUGAGGAAGAAGAAGAAGAGGAAAGAAAAGAGAAUGCUGGGAAGAAAAAAGAAGAGAAAGAUCUGUUUGGCAGUGACAGUGAAUCUGGGAAUGAGCAAGAGAACCUGAUUGCAGAUAUAUUUGGAGAAUCUGGUGAUGAGGAAGAAGAGGAAUUUACAGGUUUUAACCAGGAAGAUCUGGAGGAAGAGAAGGGGGAUGUAGACAUGAAGGAGACAGCAGAUGACUCGGACUCUGAUGAUAACAUCAAAAGAGGGAAGCAUAUGGACUUCAUGUCAGAUUUUGACAUGAUGCUGCAACGAAAGAAGAGUAUGAGUGGCAAGCGUAGACGAAACCGUGAUGGUGGAACUUUUAUUAGCGAUGCAGAUGAUGUGGUCAGUGCUAUGAUUGUGAAGAUGAAUGAAGCUGCUGAGGAGGAUCGACAGCUGAAUACACAAAAGAAACCAGCACUAAAGAAAUUAACUUUGUUACCAACUGUAGUUAUGCAUCUUAAAAAGCAGGACCUCAAAGAAACUUUCAUCGAUAGUGGUGUUAUGUCUGCCAUCAAAGAGUGGCUUUCUCCUCUUCCAGACCGAAGUCUGCCAGCACUAAAGAUACGAGAGGAACUUCUGAAGAUCCUGCAAGAGUUGCCCAGUGUGAGCCAGGAGACGCUGAAGCACAGUGGCAUUGGGCGAGCUGUGAUGUACCUCUACAAACACCCCAAAGAGUCGAGACCUAACAAGGAUAUGGCAGGGAAGCUAAUCAAUGAAUGGUCUCGACCAAUCUUUGGCCUUACCUCAAACUACAAAGGCAUGACAAGAGAAGAGAGGGAACAGAGAGAUUUGGAACAGAUGCCUCAGCGAAGGAGACUGAGCAGCUCUGGCGGUCAGACUCCCCGCAGGGACCUGGAGAAAGUGUUAACUGGAGAGGAAAAGGCUCUUAGACCUGGAGACCCCGGGUUCUGUGCCCGUGCGAGGGUGCCGAUGCCCUCCAACAAGGACUAUGUGGUCAGGCCAAAGUGGAAUGUGGAGAUGGAGUCCUCCAGGUUCCAGGGGACCUCUAAGAAAGGCGUGAGUCGACUGGACAAACAGAUGCGGAAGUUCACAGAUAUCAGGAAAAAAAGCAGAUCGGCCCACGCAGUGAAAAUCAGCAUUGAGGGCAAUAAGAUGCCAUUGUGACCCUUCACAGAAUACCCCGUGAUCUCUGCUGUAAGACAAUACACCCAUAGACUCUUUGGAGACCUUUAAAUUUUUUAACAACUUGUUUGGGGUUUUUUUAGUGAAUCUUUAAAUUGUUGGUUCAGGUUCUGGUAUAAGAUGUUGUCCGAGGACUGUGAAUAUGGGGACUUCUUUCUCCUGAUUGUAUUUAAACUUGCUCUAUUGUGUCCUUUGUACAGAUCACGUAUUUGUUGUAUUGCAACACUUUAGACAAUAAAACAUCUGUUUUUUUCUG